AUGGACUCAGUGAAAGAGGGUGUGGUAUUAGCAGCAACUAGCCCAGAAUCCAAGAGGACCAGGAGCAAUGGCAAAGGAAAAGCCACUGCUGAUGCUGCUCCACCUUCUGCAACUGUAGUUUCCACAAAAGCUACCCCACUACCAAGAGGUGGUUGGAAAAAGGGUGUUGCAAUCCUAGAUUUCAUCUUGAGGCUUGGUGCUAUUGGUUCUACUCUAGGUGCUGCUGCCAUCAUGGGAAACAAUGAACAGAUACUUCCAUUCUUCACACAGUUUCUUCAGUUUCAUGCUCAAUGGGAUGAUUUUCCAAUGUUCAAGUUUUUUGUGAUAGCAAAUGGAGCUGCAUGUGGAUUCCUGAUCCUAUCCUUGCCAUUCUCAAUUGUCUGCAUUGUCAGGCCUUUUGCAGUGGGGCCAAGGCUUCUACUUGUGAUCUUAGACAUAGUGAUGAUGGCUUUAGUAAUGGCAGCUGCUUCAUCUGCUGCUGCUGUUGUGUACUUAGCUCAUAAUGGAAGCCAAGAUGCAAAUUGGGUUGCCAUUUGUCAGCAGUUCAGUAACUUCUGUCAGGUUACAAGCGAGGCUGUGGUGUUUUCUUUUGUUGCAGCGGUUUUCUUAAUUUGCAUGAUAGUGGUGUCCUCUGUGGCUCUCAAAAGGAGUUGA